AUGGGUGCAGCCAACGACAGCACCUUCAGCCAUUUCAUCCUUAUAGGCUUUUCUGACUGGCCCCAGCUGGAGAGGGUCCUCUUCGCCAUCAUCCUGCCCGCCUACCUCCUGACCCUGCUGGGCAACAGCACCAUCAUCCUGGUGUCCAGGCUGGACCCGCACCUGCACACCCCCAUGUACUUCUUCCUCACACACCUGUCCUUCCUGGACCUCAGCUUCACCAGUAGCUCCAUCCCACAGCUGCUCUACAACCUCAGCGGGCCGGACAAGACCAUCAGCUAUGUGGGCUGUGCUCUGCAGCUGGUCCUGUUCCUGGUCCUGGGGGGUGUGGAGUGCCUGCUGCUGGCUGUCAUGGCCUAUGACCGCUUCGUGGCAGUCUGCAAGCCCCUGCACUACAUCAUCAAGGCUCUGUCUGAUUUGAGUGUCUCUUUGAUUAUGUCCACAAUGACAUAAUCAUUGUUCCCUUGCUGUGGGUAUUGCAGUGUGGACCACUUUCUCUGUGAAAUGCCAGCCCUCAUCAGGAUGGCCUGUACCAACACAGAUGUCGCUGAAGGUAUUGCCUUCAUCCUGGCAAUAGGCAUCAUGCUGUCGCCCCUGGUGUUCAUCUUGGUCUCCUAUGGUUACAUAGUGAGAGCAGUGUUGCGAAUCCGCUCAGCUGCAGGGCGGCAGAAGGCAUUCAACACCUGUGGCUUGCACCUCACUGUGGUUUCACUUUUCUAUGGCAAUAUCAUCUACAUGUACAUGCAGCCGGGGAACGGCUCCUCCCAGGACCAGGGCAAGUUCCUCAUCCUCUUCUACAACAUUGUGAUGCCUCUUCUCAACCCUCUGAUCUACACGCUCAGGAACAAGGAAGUGAAGGUGGCACUCACAAAAGUCCUAGGACGAGCUGAUGUUUGUGACAAAGGCACAGCUAGAGACUGGAUACGUAGCUUAGUUAGGAUGUGCAGACCUCAUGUGGUAAUAAAUGUCCGUCUUCCUAUCACCGGAAUGGUGGAGGGAGGGGGUCAAAAUUGGCUCCAUAAUGAGUUCCAAACCAGCACAGCCCAAUGA